UUAUUCUCACCUCAGUUUGCUAGCUCCUUUGUUGACUUUGUUUCUUGCUUUGUUUUCUGGCCAGCUCAGUGUUUCUUCCUUUUUCUUUCAUUUUGCUGCUGUCUUUUUUUUCUAUAGCUCUUUUCAUCACUCAUGACGCUCAUUGCUGCUCCUUUGGCUCGGGUGUGUUUGCGCAUGUUUUCACUUGCAGAUCAAGUUUCCCUCCUUUUUUCCACUGGGGAGGAAACCAGAGGGCAGGUCUUAGCGCUGGAAGCGUGAAAGGGAUCAGCAAGACUGAGUCACAGGACGGCGCACGUUUGUAAGACAGCAUGACUGACUUUCAUUGUUUCAAGUUUGCUUCUAAAAUGACACGUGAGGCUUACCUCCACUUCAGCAUCCCAACAUGGCCGCUUAUGCCCUUGUCACAGAGAACUUUAAGUUUGCUUCUCUCUUCUUCAAGAGUAAAGAUGUGAUGAUCUUUAACGGUCUCAUCGCUCUGGGAACUGUGGCCAGCCAGACCGCAUACAACGUUUUUGCCUUUGAUUGUCCAUGCUCCCCAGGGAGGAACUACUACUACGGCCUGGCUGCCAUUGGCGUUCCAGCCUUGGCGUUUUUCAUUGUGGGAAUCAUAUUGAACAAGAGAACCUGGGACCUGGUGUCGGAGUUCCGACUCAGAAAGUUCCGCAAGCUGUCCGCGGCAGCGGGAUCCGCGGUGUUGGGAAGUAUUUUGGGUCGAGCUGUGGUGGCGCCGCUGACAUGGAGCGUUCUCUCCCUGCUGCAGGGUCUGGCGUACACGUGUGCUUUAAGUGAGUUUACUGAUCCCAGGACAGUGGAGGGCUUCCCCACAGAUCAGGAGUCAGACAUCAUGGCAAAGUUCCCCUGCAAGGAAAGUCUUCCAGAAGAGCUGCAAGGCUUCUGGCCAGAAAUUGACCGGCGUCUGAAGUAUGAGUCACAGCUGGUAGGCUGGAUGGUGUUGGCUGGGAUGUCUCUGACGGUGCUCCUGGUUAUGUGCACCAAGCGAUGCUUCUCCCCCCUUGGCUACCACCAGGAAGAAUACUGGUCCACGUAUCGCUCCAGAGAAAAGGACCUCUUUCAGCGCACAGCAGACGUGCACGCCAACAUCCUAGCUGCAAAACACGUCAAGGACUUCUUUGGUUUUGUGGCUUUGGGGAAGGAGGAGAAGGAACAAAUCGCCGAACACCAGGAAGCCACCAGUCCCAUUUGUAGCAGAGAGUGGAACAGAGUGACGGGCGUCUACCUCUACAGGGAGAAGAACGGUCUACCGCUCUACAGCAGGCUCAAUAAAUGGGCCACAUAUGGCCAGGAGGACAAAGUGGACGCGCUUGAUAAAGAAAUGGAAGUGUUUAUUACUUAGCAUUGUCCAGACGUGCAUUUCAGGCUGGGAACACACUGGUUCACUUCUUUUGUUUUGAUUUUGGGUAUAAAGUACUUGAUUUAAAUGUCCCAACUUGAAGGUUGCUGGUUCGAUCCUCCGCCCCCAGUUGCUCGUAAUGCUGCGUCAUCAGUAAGUAAAUGUUGUAACAGUGUCAAAUCAUCAUUUACUAUACAUGACAAUUGCAAAUAUCUAUGCUGUGUUUAAAAUAUUCAUAAUGUCAAAUACGCACAAUCCAGUCAAACCUACGUUUUUUACACAUCGAUGGUCUUAUUCUGUUUUUGACCAAAAAAUAUUGUUCAAAAGAUGUCUUGAUUUUCAUACACUGUCUUGGUUAUCGUCCAGCCAAACGCUCACAGAACGCAAACGCUCAGUGUUAAUACUGUAAAUGGAAUAUUUUCAUAGUUACAGAAAUGAAAACCUGUUUGACUUUCUAAAUACAUUUUUAAAACAUUAUUAGAGGCCUGCAGACAUGAAAUAGUAGUAUUCUUUGUUUACAUCACAUUGCGCAACUCUCAACUCAACUCAACUCUUGCUGUUGGGACUUCGGACGGCUGCUAGCAGGCUAAGCAGCUAACCGCCAAUUAAAAAAAACGUCAACACUUCCACACGGACGGGAGGAGAACUUUUUCUCACUCAUGUCAGACAUGCAAUGGCUGACUUCACGCAGUGUUAAGGUAAUGUAAGAUAAUGUCUCAGUGUUUUGGGCCAUUACUGCUGUGUAGUGACCAGAAUACUACAUACUGUAUCACUCGUAUUUGGAUAUGUUUUGACUAAUAAUAGACCAUGGGCUACAACAAAAGAGUGAUCAUUUCUUAAUUAAUUUCUGAAAAAUUGCAAUAUUGCGAGGCAUCCCUUCCUACUGGAAACAUAUAUUUGGUUUUCGUACGUUUGGAUGUUUGUCAUACCUUUUGGAAUGGAUGAAUGACAAAAACGGACAAAACUUGUGUCUCUGCUGUCAUGAUCAGUUGUAAGUUGAAGCGUUUUGAUCAUUUUACCCAAAGUAUUGUAGCUUUUUUUGGAUGUACACUGUAUUUUUUUACAAGCAUUUGUAUAGUUGUAUCUAUUUUUAUUGCUCUUUUAAUUGGAUUGUUCACUGUACAAUAUUUCUACUUUUACUUUGUAACUUUGUACUGUUAACUUUGUACUGUCUCCAGGGACAAUGGGUGAAAAAUAGCCUUUUGUUUAUUUAUGGUGCAUUUUCCAUUAGCAAUGCUAAUUAAUGUACACUGUCCCUUUUCAAAUA